AUGCCUGAUGAUCCACAUAAUCCCAACGACCCAAACGGGCCCGACGCCUUCAAUGUGCCCAACGACCCAAAUGGGCCCGACGCCUUGGAUGUGCCCAACGACUCUGACGGGCCCUAUGAUCCAGAAAGGCCCAACGACUUGCCUAACGACCCGAACGAGCCCGAUGAUUCAGAAAGGACCAACAACCUGAACGUUCCCGACGAUCCGGACGGGCCUGAUGAUCCAGACAGGCCCAACGACCCAGAUCUGCCCGCCAACCCAGAUGUGACUGAUGACUCGGACGGGCUUGACGACCUGGACAGACCCGAUGAUAUCGACAUGCAAAACGACCCGAACUGGGCCGUCUGGGUCUUUUGGCCUUUCUGGAUCAUCGGGCUCGUUCGGGUCGUGGGGCAUGUCAGGAUCAUCGUGCCAGUCCGGGUCAUUGGUCCUGUUCGUGUCGUCGGGCCUGUUCGGGUCGUUAGGCCUGUUUCUAUUAUGGGGCCCGUCCGCGUUGUUGGGCUAGAUCGUGUCGUCGUGCCUAUUUGGAUCAUCGAGACUGCCCGUUCGGGUCGUCGGGCCCAUCCGGGUCGUCGGGCUCGUCCUUGUCAUCGAGCUCAUCCGGGUCGUUUGGCUUGUCCGAGUUGUGGGGCUCGUCCGAGUCUUCAGGCCCGUCCUGGUCAUCGGGCCCGUCCAGGUGAUCGAUCUCGUUCGGGUCAUCGGGCUCGUCCGGGACAUCGGGCUCGUCCAGGUUGUUGGGCUCGACUUGGUGAUCGGGCUCGUCCCAGUCGUGGGGCUCGUCCGAGUCUUCGGGCUCGUCUGGAUCGUCGAGCUCGCCCGAGUCAUCGUGCCUGUUUUGUUGGUGAGCUCGUCCGGGUCAUCGGGCUUGUUCGUGUUAUGGGGUCUGUCCCGGACAAGUCUGAUGACAAGGAUGGGCCCACAGACACGAACGGGCUCGACAACCCAGUCGGGCCCAACGACCAAGAAGAGCCUGAUAACACGGACCAGCCCAACGACACGGAUGAACCCGAUGAUGCGGACGAGCUCGAAGACCCGGACCGGCCCAAAGACCCAAACAGGCCCUAUGACUGGGACAGACGCCACAACCCGAACAAGCCCGACGACCCAGACGGGCACACCAACAAAAUGGACAAGCCCAACAACCCGAACGGGCCCAACGACUCGAACAGGCCCGACGAAUUGAACAAGACCAAUGACCCGGACUGGCUCGAUGAUCCAGACAGGCCCCACGACCCGAACGGGCUCGACGUGCCCGAUGAUCCAAAAAGCCCGAAAGACCCGUACAGGCCCGACGACCCAGAUGAGCCCGUCGACCUGGAUGGGCCAGUUCGGGUCUUUUGCAUUUCAGGAUCAUCGGGCCCAUCCAGAUAG